GUUUGGAGGAUGCGGCCGGCAAGAUGGCGGAGGCGGAGGGGGAGUCGCUGGAGUCCUGGCUCAAUAAAGCUACCAGCCCAGCAAACCGACAAGAGGACUGGGAGUACAUCAUAGGCUUCUGUGAUCAAGUCAACAAAGAACUGGAAGGGCCACAGAUAGCUGUCAGACUACUGGCUCAUAAAAUCCAGUCUCCUCAAGAAUGGGAGGCAGUACAAGCCCUUACAGUGUUAGAAGCUUGUAUGAAGAACUGCGGGAGAAGAUUUCAUAAUGAAGUGGGAAAAUUUCGGUUCUUGAAUGAACUAAUUAAAGUGGUAUCUCCAAAGUAUUUGGGAGACCGAGUGUCGGAGAAAGUCAAAAUGAAAGUGAUUGAACUUCUCUACAGCUGGACAGUUGCUCUCCCUGAGGAAACAAAAAUUAAGGAUGCCUAUCAGAUGUUAAAAAAACAAGGUAUUUUACAACAUGACCCUCAGAUCCCUGUGGAUAAGACGCUGGUUCCAUCUCCCCCAACUCGGCCCAAAAAUGCAGUAUUUGAAGAUGAUGAAAAAUCAAAGUUAUUGGCCAGAUUACUAAAGAGUAAAAAUCCAGACGAUCUUCAGGAAGCCAACAAACUAAUUAAGAAUAUGGUGAAAGAGGAUGAGGUGCGAAUGCAGAAAAUAACCAAACGCUUGAACACGUUGGAGGAGGUGAAUAACAACGUGCGGCUGCUCAAUGAGAUGCUGGUUCAUUAUAACCAGGAGGAAUCCACGGACGGCGACAAAGAGCUGAUUAAGGAGCUGUACGACCGGUGUGAGAAGAUGAGGCGGACUUUGUUCAAGCUUGCUAGCGAGACCGAGGAUAAUGAUAACUGCUUAGGUGAGAUUUUGCAAGCCAGCGACGAACUCUCGCGUGUGAUCAAUUCCUAUAAAAAGAUCGUUCAAGGACAGACCGUCAAUGGAGAAGUUGAUUUACCUGAACUUCCAAAGCCAACAGUUAAAGCUCCUUCCACGACCACAGAACCCACAGAAACGCUGAUUGACUUGGCUGGUUUGGAUGUUCCCACGGUAACCACCGCCCCGGCAAACGCCACGGCAGCUCCAGCCUUCCCCCUCAUCCCACCCCCUCCUCACGUGGCUGCUCACGGUGGGCCCCGGGCCCCCAGCCUGCCUCCCAGCACAGCCAGCGGCGCCCUGGGACUGUUAGACGUGGAGCUGCUCUCACUAGGACUGAACGAUCCGCCAUCGAAUUCAGGUGCCGGACAGGACUUGGGAAGCUCCCGGUGGAAAACGUUUCAGAAUGAAAGUACUCCCCUCAACCUUUUUGACACGACCACAGGCAGCGAGGGAAGCAGCUCUUGUCUGACGUCUCUGCUGCAGUCGGUACCUCAGCCGCUGAACCCGCUCUCAGCUUCCUCCGGCCCCACCUUUCCUGGGGCUCCCUUCGCUGCCACCUCGUGUGUCUCACCAGCAAUGCCGCUCAUGCCAAACCCGACAGUUCCUGGUAUAGCUCGGGCCAGUGUAGCUCCUCACCGCACACUGAUACCCGCUGCUCACCGAGGUGCCGACCCCACCACAGCCUCCGCACUGUCGGCCGCCCACACCAGUGGAUCACCCUCAGUAAACAGCGGCCUGCUUGAGCUGGAUUUGCUCAGUCAGAAGCUUCUAGAAGAGGUCAAAGGGGAGUCUCGUCACAGGGGCAGCUCCUCGGGGUUGUCGGGGAUGUCAGGGAGCGGUUUCUGCACUCCAUCCGGGGCACCCGGCAGCCCCCUGCUGCGCUCGCUCUCCCCACAGCCCUCCAGCCCGCUCCGCACUGGCCUCCUGGCAGAAGCAUCACUUGGCAACGUACUAGUUCAAUUGGAGACCAUUAAGCCAAGUAAUGUGCUCCCUGUCACCGCAUACGACAAGAAUGGAUUCCGGGUCCUGCUGCACUUUGCCAAGGACUGUCCUCCGUCCAGGCCAGACGUUUUGGUCAUUGUUAUCUCCAUGAUUAGCACCGCGCCGGUGCCCAUCUCUAACGUGGUGCUGCAGGCAGCUGUACCAAAGGCCAUGAAAGUGAAGUUACAGCCUCCGUCCGGGAGCGAGCUCGCACCAUUCAACCCAGUCCUUCCUCCGGCUGCCAUCACCCAGGUCAUGUUAUUAGCCAACCCUUUGAAGGAGAAGGUUAGACUAAGGUACAAGUUAACGUUUACGAUGGGAGAUCAGCCAUACUCGGACCUGGGAGAAGUGGACCAGUUCCCUCCAGCUGAGAGAUGGGGAAGCCUCUGACCCUCGCUGGUUACCAACCACAGUGUCGAGAUUCACCGAACACCGAGAUUAUCCAACCAGGACCUCAAAGCCGAAGGAACGCACCAUUUGUUUUGCUCAGUGUCUCAAUGCCACCCAAACGCCAGUGGGAUUGGGUUUGAGCUGGGGGGGUGGGGUGGUGGGGGAGCGUGGGUUCAGGCCUGGAUCAGUCAUGGGUUCAGGUCUGCUUUAUCAUUCUGCACAGCUGAAAGGGGGAACAAUGUGUCUGUACUUCAAUCAUUCCACUCCUUAGGCCAGGCCAAACCCUCCCCCUCAUAUACAGCCAGUGUGUGUGUGUGUGUGUAGUCGAGGACUGGUAACCUCAUGAGGGACGAGUUUUGAGUUGAAAAGAGCAGGACAGUUCCAACCAACAUUGAUUGUCUGUUCCCACAGCUGUGCUACCGUUUGCUGGCGAGGGAGGGGCACAUGAGCUUUUGUUGGGGUCUAACCCACUGGCACCAAGGGCACGAGAGCUUGGGUUAUUUUAAUUUCUCCUCCCAAAAGAGAGACCCAAAUUCCCCCCCCUCCCCACAAUGCCUGUCGGAGGUCAGGAGCUCUCUUCAUUGUUUUUGCCUGCAUUGCCAUCGUCAUUGCCCUGGGCUGCUGACACCAGGGCAGAACUGAGGCCUCUUAUAAUUACUGUAUAACCCUCCAGGGAAACGGUCAUCGGCCUGCUGGCUGGUUAUGGGACAUCGCUGUGCACAAAUCAGCUGCCACGUUCGCCUACAAAUACUGUGAAACGCUUCCAGAUGUUUCAACAUGAUAAAGGCGCCUUAUUAGACACAAGGUUAAUAUUAUUAUUAUUUACGAUUUAUUACGAUCCUUCCAGUGUGCAGUGACGCCCAGUCAGUGCCGAGGUUACUGAGGACAGGAAACUCCUGUUUAGAACGAUUCCCAUGUUGUGAAAUGAAAGUAAAGUGGACCUGAGUGGAGAUGUGACAUUCCCAGGGAGUGUGAGCGCAGCACAAAACUACCCCUUGAUUAGCAUUAAACUGGCAAAUCACAUUCAUAUUGGCAAGAACACAAGGUUCUUUUGAGGUCGGGGGCCAAGGGACACACUGUUAACUUAAACUAGAGGGAGCUUUCACCCGCCCCAAACUGCGCUAUUGCUGACCCAAGUGCGAAUGUUAAUGCUGAAGUGUUCCAGUUCCCAGCACUGACACACCCUCACUCGAAUCAGCACAGAAUUCACUCAGCAAAUUGCACCAUAGCAUUGAAUCCGAUCCCCCAGCCGUUCGUCUGUCUGCCCCACAAUGUCUGGCCAUGCCUAUUGCGUCUCCACGUGUGGGGACACCCGGGGCUGUGCUGCCACGCUUCACGUCUGCGAGAAAAAGAAACCUCAUCUGUUACCUUGAGAGCCGUGCUGGCUCCAGAGCUUUGUGUUGCACUUGUUAUAAUUAAAGACUGAAUCUGACUGAUAAUCUCGUCCUUUCUUCCCUCCACCCCAACCCUACCCCUCACCCCCAUCCCUCCCUCCAGCCCACCACCCACCACUAACAACAACCAAACUGUGACAUACUUUGGUAUGAAAGCCAUCGUUUUUGCACAACAUUUGACCAAUUAGAGUUUGGAGAUCAUUCCUCGGUGAUGUAAUGUGUUGCUGCUGCUUUGUAUAUUGUAUUUAUUGUUCGAAGUAAAAAAGGAAAUGAUUUCUC